AUGGGAAAUGGUCCAGAUUACAGGCGUGUGUGGUUUCCAGACUGGCCAGUGCAUGUCACAGAAGACAACAAAACAUUCCAUAUACCAAUCGAUAUGCGUUUCAACGAAGGGCAUAAGGUGUCAUUGCUAUUUUAUUCAAUUUUAAUGGUCAUUUCGUCGGUAGGCAAUAUAAGCGUCCUAGCGAUAUUAUUGAAAAGGAUGAAGCACAGCAGGUCGAGAAUCAACAUGAUGCUGAUCCAUCUUGCUAUAGCAGAUCUAUUGGUGACGUUCAUCUUGAUGCCAAUGGAAAUCGUUUGGGCAGCCACAGUGUCUUGGUGGUUUGGUGACAUUGCAUGUAGAAUUGCUGCUUUUUUCAGAACGUUUGGCUUGUACCAGUCAUGUUUUGUCCUAGUUUCCAUCGGGAUCGAUAGGUACUAUGCAGUACUCAAACCCUUAAAGUUGUCUGCAGCGAAUAGAAGAGGAAAAUUCAUAAUUACCUGCGCAUGGAUGGCUUCCGCUUUAUGCAGUCUGCCACAGACAAUCAUUUUUCACGUUGAGACACAUCCUAAUGUCACGUGGUUUGAACAGUGCAUAACAAUUAAUUCUUUUUCAUCAUAUGCACAAGAGUUCGCCUAUUCAUUCUUUGGAAUGUUAUCGAUGUACUUGCUGCCGCUGAUAUUUAUAACCUAUUUCUACGGCUCAAUAUUCAUCGAGAUAUGUAAAAGAUCAAAAGAUCAUCAUGUUAACUCAGACAAACUCAGAAGGAAUAACUUAGCUUUCUUUGGAAAAGCCAAAACCAGAACGCUUAAAAUGACCAUUACAAUAAUAUCUGCUUUUUUUAUAUGCUGGACACCGUACUAUAUUAUGGCUUUUUGGUACUGGGUAGACAGAGAUUCUGCUUCAGAAGUGGAUCAACGUGUUCAAAAGGCACUAUUCUUGUUUGCUUGCACGAAUUCGAGUAUUAACCCCAUUGUAUAUGGAGCUUUCAAUAUCCGCAAACGUAAGAAUGUUUCAAGAAGAACAAGAGAGAGUAACACAUGUUCAACAGAAAUGAAACUUCAACAAACAGGACAGAAAAGCCCAAUUCAAUGA